AUGCAGGCAGAGGCAAAUGGAAUCUCCAGUGAUGACGGCGAUAGCCGGAAGGAGGGAGUGAGGGAUAAUGUGGCGGAGAAGGGGGGACAGGAAGUUACUGAGGAGAAGAGGGAAGGAGAGGGAGUGGGGUUGGAGGUUGGGGGAGAGAUGAAUGGGAAAAAUGACGAAAACGGGCUGCAGAAGGAAAUCUCUGUGUCGGAGACUGGGGAUGGUGUGAAGAGUGGGGAGGUUGGCGAGGGUGGGAAAUGUAAUGAGCCGUCUGAAAGCCAGCCUGUGGCCGAAGUUCGGACGCUGCAAAAUGGGCAGCAAGCGCCGGCAGAGAGCGAGAAUCUGGGCGAGGGCGAGAGGCAGGGGGAAAUGCGGGUCGCAGGAGAUGAAAAGCAGCAAAACGGGCGACCAGUGGCGGAGAAUGAGGAAAGGAAAGUGGCUGCGCGUACAGAGGAGGAGGGGAAGCCUGAGAAUAAAGUCAAAAAGACGCCUCAGGAGCUGGAAGAGACGCGAGGCGCUGAGAGGUCUCGAGAGGAGGGAGGAAGCAAGGGCGUUGAGAGAGCGAGCAAGGGCGUUGAGGGGUUGGAAAGUGUGGUGGUGGUGCUUGCAGGGGAAGAGGGGGAACGGGCGGAUGGCGGAGGGGGAACCGAUGGGCGGAGCGAGGGGGAAGGGGGGAGGGAAGGGGGUAGUGCGGUAGAGAAUGGAGGAGUUGAGAAGGUAGGAGACGGCGUCGUUGGGGGAUCAGUAGGGAAGGCUGAGGAAGGCGAGGGAGCUGCUGCUGCGCUUCUGACGUCACCUGUGCCUGUCUCUUCUCCUGUGCCUGUCUCUUCUCCUGUGCCUGUCUCUUCCCCUGUGUCUGUCCCUGCUCCUGUUCCUGCCUCUUCUCCUGUGCUUGCCUCUGCUCCUGUGCCUUCUCCUGCGCCUGUCUCGUCACCUGCGCCUGUCUCGUCACCUGCGCCUGUCUCGCCACCUGCGCCUGUCUCGUCACCUGCGCCUGUCUCGCCACCUGCGCCUGUCUCGUCACCUGCGCCUGUCUCGCCACCUGCGCCUUUCUCGUCACCUGCGCCUGUCUCGGCACCUGCGCCUGUCUCGGCCUCGAACGACGGGCAUCAAGAGGGCGGAGAAGAGGCGGGAAAGCAGACCAGGGAUGGGAUUCGUGGGAAUGGGAUGCCUCACGCGGUGCCCAAUGCUGGUAGUGGAGACGCUGAUAAGGCGGAUGAGGGGAGAAAGGAGAUGCGGUCCAAGGUGGAGGAGCUGCUGGCGCAGGCUGCUGCGCUCAGGGCGCGCGGACAGGCGCGUGGGGGAAGCGCGGAGCGGGGGAACGCGGGCCUGGGGGACGGGGGAGAGGGCGGAGAGGGGGAGGGGGAAGGGGGGAGCGACGGGGAUGGGGAGGAGGAGGGGAGGUGGGAGGGAACGAGUGAGGAGGAAUCACCAAUGGAGAGGGAGAUAAGUUGGGGGGAUGAUGACGAUGAUGAGGAUGAUGAGAGUAGCGCAGGGGAGGAGGAGCAGGGGGGAGAAGGCGGAGGGGGGGCGGGAGGGGGAGGGGGAGGGGGAGUGCACCGCAUGGUGCAUCUGCAGCGCGCCCUGGCGGAGCUGACUGCUGCUUCCAGAGAAAGGGAGAGGCGGAAGAGAGAGGCUGCUGACGCUGCUGCUGCUGCUUCUAGUGGUGGCGGUGGUGGUGGUGCUGCUGCUGGUCGUGGCAAUGCUUCUGCCUCUGCCGUUGUUGGUACUGCGACUUCAGGUGGUGCUGCUGGUGAUGCUGCUCCCGCUGUCGGUGGUGACUCAGCAAGAGCGGCAGGGGGAGCAACAGUGGGAGCAGCAUCAGUAGGAGCUGGGACGGAAUCUGCAGCAAGCUCGGUACCUGGAGAAAGGGAGAAGACAGACUUGAGUACGGCUGAUGCCUUGGACGCAGCAGGACAAGGGUCGGGCACACAAGGACAAGGACCAAGUGAAGGGGCUGGGGACGGGGAUAAGAAGCAAGGAACAGAGGCUGGGGGCGGGGCAGGGGAGGCCCAGGGGGAAGGAGGCAACGACGAAGGGCAGCAGAAACAAGAUGUUCCUGUGGGAAAGUUACAGAAGGAACUGAAAGGGCUAGAGCUGAUGCUGGCACGUGUGAAGCAGAGGCAGGUGGAGGAGCAGCAGCAGAAGGAGAAGGAGAAGCAGGCUGAGGUGGAGAGGGAGAGGCGGAAGGAGGAGCAGCAGAGGCAGAGGGAGAGGAAGCAGCGGGAGGAGCGGUUUAAUGAGCUGCUGGAGCGGCAGAGAGAGGAGGAGGAGGAUGAGCAGGAACGGGGGAGGAAGGGAGGCGGAUCAGGGGCGGGGAGUGGCGGGGGAGGGGGGGACAGAAAGGCGCUGCUAGCGGGGCUGACUCUUGCUGGCACCGGUGCUAAUGCAGGGAUGAAGGGGAAGGGCGCUGGGACCUCUGCUAGGAAAGGCAGCAGCGGAGGGGGGAGAGGCGGGGAGGAUGAGGAGGAGGACGAGGAGGAGGAGAGUGAGAGACCGAUGGGAUUGGAGGAGGCGAAGGCGCACCUGCUGAGAGUGGCAGCAGAGGGGUUUGAGAGGAAGCGCAGUGCAGAGGAGGAGGAUCCGCAGAUGACGGUGGGGGCGCUGCCUGUGAUUCCCGAAGGGGAUAAGGAAGGGGAGGAGACAGAUGAUGAGGAGGGGGUGGUGGGGUCGAUAGAGGGUGGAGGGGAGAGAGGGGUGGUGGGAGGCAGGGCUGCAGAGCGGGAGGAGGUGGAGGGAAGGGGUGAGGAGAAGGAGGGAAGGGAGGAGGAGGUGAAGAGGGAGCAGAGUGCAGUAGGAAGUGGUGGUGGGGGAGAAGGAGGAGGUGGAGGAGGAGGGGUUGCAAGAGCAUCAUCAUACGGGCCAAUGGGGGACAAGAAGAGCAGCUCACCAGACACUCUCCCGGACCGUCCACAUCCCUCCACACACAGGGAUGCUGGUUCUUCUUUCUCUGGCUCUCCUGCUCCCCCCACUACCACUUCUCCCUCUUCUGCUGCCGCAUCCGCCGCUGCCGCUGCUGCUGCUGGUGGUAGUGGUACCUCUCCUGCCUCGCCUCCCCUGUCAGGCUUCCCCCCGCGCAUGAACCCCAACAGUCCCUUGACCUUCAGUCUGGGCCUAUUCGGGGGCCCACUGGACAUGGCAAUGACCUCCUCCUCCUCCCCCUCAGGCUCCCCCCACCCCUCCCGCUCCUCCUCCUCCGCCUCCCUCUCCCUCUCCGGCCCCACCUCCCUCUCCCUUUCCCUCGGUCCUGCCUGCGCAUCUGCCAACACCCCAACCCCCGUCUCUCUCCCGUCCUCUCUCACCGAAUCACAAGUCAGCUCCUCCUCCCCGCCCUCCUCUCUCGCUCCUCAGCCCUACUCUCUUGCCGUUCCCGCCUCUCCUCGCUUCCCCUACUCCAUGCCGGCCUCUCCCUCCUCUCUUGUGGUGCGGGACGUGGAUCAUGCAAAGAAACAGCUCCUAGCCAUGGCAGGGGAGGCGAAGGAGCGGAUUGGAGGGCUCGAGCGCCAGCUGGCGGCGCGGGACACAGACGUCGCCAGGCUGGAGGAUGAGGUGGUGGCGCUGCGCGCUGAGUCGGAACGGCGAGAGGAGGAGGUGGCAAGGCUGGUGGAGAGGUUAAAGGAGCAGGAGGAGAGAUGGGCUGCUGCCUCUGCUGCUGCCGCUGCUUCUGCCACUGGCACGAGCAGAGCAUCAGGGGGAGGAGCAGGAGGUGCAAGCAGCAGCAGAGUAGGUCUAGCAGGCAGCAGGGCGGAAGACCAAAGGAGAAGGCUCGAGCAGCAGCCGCAGCAACAGGUGAUAUCUAGAACGGUUUUACUGCAGAGGCAGCUGCAGGCUGCUGCUCCCAGGCCGGGCAGAGGGCCUCGGUGGCAGAGCUUAGAGCGGCGUCUGGAGCAGAAGGAUGAGGUUCUGGUUCGGCUUAUGGGGAUUGCUAAGGACCGGUGGCGGGAGGUUCGGCGCGAGGUUCGGCGCAAGGACAAGGUGAUUGCGGAGCUGGCUGAAAUGGUGGUUCGGGCCCAGGCUGAGAGGAGGUCCGGCGGUGGUAGCGGUGGAGAGAGUGUAGGGGAGGGGGGGAGUGAGGGAGGGGAUGGGAUGGGGAGGAGUAGCUUGGAGGAGGAAGUGAGGAAGUUGUUGGAGUUUGCACUGAGGCAUGGGGAGGAGGUGGAGGGGGUUCUUACUAAGGAAGAGCAUAAGCUUCAGGAGGUGUUUGAAGCAGCCGACAUUGAGGGGCUUAACGCCAUGGCGGUCGACGGCGCGCAGCGAGUGGACGUGUCGUUCAACCAGAACUUCGCCUUCCCUUCGUGGUGCAAGCCGCCCUACUGCACAUUCUCGCCUGACGGCGGCAUCGCUCUCGCCGUCAGCCCCAAAUCAGUCGGAGUCUUCGAGUCCAAGGGCGUGUACAGCUACGGCAUCUAUUCCGUGCGAAUGAAGCUCCCCGCAGGCUACUCGGGCGGCAUCAUCCCGUGCAUGUACCUCAUCACGCCCGGCGCCUCGUCAUACCAGUCGAUCCACGACGAAAUCGACCUCGAGUUCCUGGGCGGCACGGACCCGCGCAACAUCACCAUCCACACGAAUCUCAUCACGGGCGGGCAGGUCAAGCUGGAGCAGUUCCGCUUCCCGUUCGACCCGUCGGCGGCGUUUCACACGUACACGAUCGUGUACUCACCCAACCGGGUCAUGUGGAUAGUAGACAAUACGCCCAUCCGCAUCACCAACAGGACGCCUGGGAAACCUUUCCCGUCCGACAACGUCAAGAUCAUGGGCUCCAUUUGGGACGCGUCGUCGUGGAGCAAGCUCAAGCCCAGCUUCGCGAACGGCCCGAUCAAGGUGCAAUACAGCAACUUCGACGUCCGCAGGACGUGCCGAGUGCCGGCCAGCGGCGCCGUGCCUCCCUGCAAGGCGUGGCGCGACCUCGCCAGGGCGCCGUGGAUGGGGGUUCCUACAGCAGCGCAAUUGGCGCGCUUCAAACAGUACAGGCAAAGGUUCCUUGUGGCUGACUACCCUUGGGGCCCUGCCUACGGCAAGUCCCCCCCACCGCAGCCUUCCGCUCCCCCCAAGAAGACUCCCCCCUCCCCCGUGAACCUCGAAACGACGCGGGCCGCAAGCGGAACGGGAGCGAGCGGAAGCACGGGGGGAACCGGGGGAACUGGUUCGAGCGGCGGGAUUGGUAGCAGUGUGGGGAACUCCAGCGGGAGUACCGGAAGUUCCGGAAGCACCGCGAACAGCGGCAAUAGCACAGGCUCAUCGGGUAACACGGGGACCACGGGCAGCACAAAGAGCACGGGCACCAGCACGAAUAGCACAAGCAGCAGCACGAAUAGCACGGGCAGCACGGGCAGCACGGGCAGCAGCUCGAACAGCACGGGCAGCGGCACGUCAAACAGUACUGGAACUGGCAGCGGCAGCGGCGGUGGUAACUCGACCAGCGGAACGGGAAGCGGGAGCAGCGGGGGGAACUCCACCAGCGGAACCGGGAGCGGGGGCGGAACUGGGAGCGGGGGCGGUACCGGGAGCGGGGGCGGUACCGGGAGCGGGGGCGGAACCGGGAGCGGGGGCGGAACUGGGAGCGUUGGCGGAACUGGGAGCGGGGGCGGAACUGGAAGCGGAGGCGGAACCGGGAGCGGGGGCGGAAGUGGCAAUUCAACGGACAAGCCGUUCGUGUGGACGAUCCCGCCGCGCAAGAAGGUGCCGGGAGUGGAUAAGUCGUUCGACAAGUACUUCAAGUUCCCCGACUGGUGCAAGGACUCCAACUGCCGCAAGGACAGCAAUGGCACCGUCACCAUCGCCGCCACGAAUCAGUCCGUCGGAGGUAGGUGCAGUGCGGUGCAAUCCGUGUUCUACUCCAAAGAUUACUACAAGUACGGAGUGUACAGCCUGCGCAUGAAGCUCCCCAGAAACUACUCGGGCGGCAUCAUCCCGUGCUUCUACCUCAUCUCGCCGGGCCCACAAGGCUACACAGACAUUCACGAUGAGAUUGACUUUGAGUUCAUCGGAGGGGAGAACCCCGUGGAUAUCACCAUCCAUACGAAUCUCAUCACGGGCGGGCAGGUCAAGCUGGAGCAGUUCAAAUUCCCGUUUGACCCGUCCGCGGAUUUCCACACGUACUCGAUAGUGUACUCUCCGAUGUAUGUCAUGUGGAUGGUGGAUGAUUACCCAAUACGCAUCACCGUGAAUGAGACGGAGCAUCCGUUCCCAACGCUGCCCAUGGAAUUCAAGGCUUCGAUAUGGGACUCCUCGUCAUGGAGCUGGCUCAAGGCGAACUACAGCAACGGCCCCGUUCAAGCGCAGUACCGCGAGUUUGACUUCUCCCGCUCCUGCCAGAUGCCGCAAGACCUCUCCGAACCGCCCUGUCUCCGCCUCCGCUCGUCCAAGCAUGCCCCGUGGCUGUCCAAAAUGACUCUGCCGCAGCUCAGAAAGGAGAGGGCGUUCAAAAAGUUCUACACCAAGAAGAUGUACGUCUGGUCUGAGGCCAAGCUCCGCCACACCCACCACCACCCCCGCACACGCGCACGCGCACUGCGCGCCACGCAGCAGCGUAGCCUUGCAAGCGCACCGAGCGCCAGCAGCGCAAACGGCGGGAGUCAUUCCCGUAGCUACUCCUCUGCUGGUGACGUGGCGGAGGCUGACGUGUCACCGGGGGAUCUGGCGGGGCGGAAGGCGGCGGAGGGGCUGCAGGUGUUGGGGGUGGUGGGCGCGGGGCAGAUGGGGAGCGGAAUCGCGCAGCUGGGAGCCAUGGCGGGCAUGCGAGUGGUGGUGGCGGACACGAGUCUAGCAGCGCUGGAUCACUGCAUGGGCGGCAUCAAGCACUCGCUGGGGCGCCUUGUUAGCAAAGGGCGCCUGGAUGAGGCAGCAGCAGCGGCAACACUAACGCGCAUUCGCACCACCCCAGAACUAACGCCCCUGGAGCAAGCAGACUUCAUAGUGGAGGCUGUGGCGGACAGCGAGGCGGUGAACCGCGUUUUCCUUUGUAGAAUUCUCAUACGUGAACCCCGUUUGCCACGCCCCUGCUUUCUUCUGUCUCCCAGGCAGCAGCAGCGGCAACACUAA